AUGAAAAUCGCACACCAACAUUUUCCUCUUUCUCUCUCUCUCUCUCUCUCUCUCUCUCUCUCUCUCUCUCAUAUCUCUAUCUCUCUCCCGAUCUCCCCCUCUUCCUCCACUUCUAUCACUCUCUAUAUCUCUACUUCUAUUUCUCUCCCUCUCUCCCUCUCUUCCCCCUCUCCCUAUCUCUCUCGCUAUCUAUCUAUCCAUGGUCGUGAAAGCAGUCCGACCUUAAAGCCACUCACCUUCUUCUUCUUGUUCUUAUUCAUCUUCUUCUUCGUCUUCUUCUUUUUGAUCUUCUUCUUCUUCUUCUUCUUCUUCUUCUUCUUCUUCGUCUUCUUCAUAAUCUUCUUCUUCUUCAUCAUCUUCGUCUUCUUCUUCUUCGUCUUCGUCUUCUUCUUCUUUGUCUUCUUCUUCGUCGUUGUCUUCUUCAUCAUCAUCUUCUUCUUCUUUCUUUUUGAUCUUCUUAUUCAUAUUCGUCUUCUUCGUCUUUUUCUUCUUCUUCUUCUUCUUCUUCUUCUUCUUCGUCUUCUACUUCGUCGUCGUCUUCUUCGUCUUCUGCUUCGUGUUCAUCUUCUUCAUCUUCUUCUUUUUCUUCUUCUUCUUUGUCGUCUUUUUCUUAUUCAUCAUCAUUUUCCUCUUCGCCUUCUUCAUCUUCUUCUUCGUCUUCGUCAUCUUCUUCGUCUUCUUCUUCUUUGUCUUCUUCGUCGUCUUCUUCAUCAUCAUCUUCGUCUUUUUCUUUUUCUUUUCCUUCUUCUUCGUCUUCUACUUCGUCGUCUUCGUCUUUUUCUUCUUCAUCAUCUUCUUCUUCGUCUCCUGCUUCUUCUUCAUCUUCUUCUUUUUCUUCUUCUUUGUCGUCUUCAUCUUAUUCAUCAUCAUCUUCUUCUUCGUCUUCAUCUUCUUCUUCGUCUUCUUCUUCUUCGUCUUCGUUUUCUUCUUUGUCUUCUUCUUCUUCUUCUUCUUCUUCGUCGUCUUCUUCAUCAUCAUCUUCGUCUUCGUCUUUUUCUUUUUCUUCUCCUUCUUCUUCGUCUUCUUCUUCUUCGUCUUCUACUUCGUCGUCUCCUUCUUUGUCUUUUUCUUCAUCAUCUUCUUCUUCGUCUCCUGCUUCUUCUUCAUCUUCUUUUUCUUCUUCUUCUUUGUCGUCUUUUUCUUAUUCAUCAUCAUCUUCUUCUUCGUCUUCUUCAUCUUCGUCUUCUUCUUCUUCUUUGUGCUGUUUCACUUCAGAUUGCCACAUCUUCCAAUAAAAUAUUCCUACGGUCAUUUCAUCUAUCUAUCUAUCUAUCUAUCUAUCUAUCUGUCUGUCUGUCUGCCUCUCUGUCUGUCUGCCUCUCUCUCUCUCUCUCUCUCUCUCUCUCUCUCUCUUUUCUCUUUUCCUUUCCUUCCUCACCUUUUCGCGGACUUCAGCCACUUUUUCUCUCUCUUACCCCAAUUUUUUUUUCCAUUGUCAAGGCUUUUCCUAUAAUUCAAGAAGCCUCUUCAUAUCUAUCUAUCUAUCUAUCUAUCUAUCGCAGUCACUUUAUCGAUCGUAGUCUGUCUAUCUAUCUAUCCCAUGCUCUUUAUCGAUCCUAA